GUCAGCGCCAAAAAGGAGGAGAGGGAAUAUCCGCUCUAUCGAGGUUUUUCUGUUCUCUACUAGGAAUAUUACGUGGGGAUAAAACAAUCGACACUCAAUAAUUUACGUGAAAAAUUGCAAAUCCCCUAUAACUAUGACAAAAUUCUACUACCCCUGUCCGUUGCGUACAAGACCACCCACACCCGAGGACCAAUAACAUUAUGUGUUACGAAUGAUUUCAUUCCUAUAUAAUAUCCCUCCUCACGGCGGGAGGUCAGUUGUAUGUACAUAUAUUGCCCGAGUGCAAACGUCGUUGCGGUGAAAAUGCAUAAGAAAAUGAAGACAAAGGAACCUAAAGUCAAAACUUUGAGAGAUGAUAUCGGUGACAGUGACAGCGAGACCGAGUUCCGUAAGGAGAAAUAUUGUAACAAAUUAUCAGCACCGCCUAGCAAAACACGUGCAAAAGAACGUAGAGGUAUUCCUCAUUCAGUUGCUAAAAUUAAGCGACAAGGGACUGCCACGGAAGAAUCAAAAGAUGACUGUAUAACAAAGAGUGUGAGAAAGCAGAUUUGUAACUCCACAAAUGCCAAAGACUUGCCGAAAAAUGUCGAUGACGAAACAAAUAAACCCGUUAUUUAUUUUUUUCUUUGUUAAAUAAACAAAUAAUAUCUCUCUGAAAUAUUCAGGCUCUGUCAAGGGUGAAACAGUCC